AUGAACAAGGCGGUGGAGCAGGCACUUGGAGAAAAAGUGUUAAAAUCCCUGCAGCCAGGCCAGUAUUUUGUAAAAAUAUUGCAAAAUCUACUCGUUCAAUUUCUAGGGGGGAAUAAUGUUCCUAUACACCUCAAAGGAAAUCCAGCAAUUAUUCUCAUGUGUGGACUGCAAGGGUCAGGAAAAACAACAACAAGUGCAAAACUCGCUUUGCGAUUCAAGGAGGAAAACAAGCGCUGUGCUUUGCUGGCAUUGGACACUACAAGAGCUGCGGCAGUGGAGCAGCUGGAGCAAUUAGGAGAAAGCAUUUCAGUGCCCAUUAUAAGCCCACAGACGCUUGGGAUGGAUAUGCAUGCUGAUAAAACAGUGAUAGUGGAAAAGGCUGUACUCUAUGUAAAGACUAUGGGAAAAGACCUGCUUAUUAUUGACACUGCAGGAAGGAGCGAGCUGGAUACGCAACUCCUGCAAGAAUUGAAAAACAUAGAUCGUGUGGUACGUAGCUGUGCUAAAAUUCUUGUGUUGGAUGCUAUGACAGGGCAAAGUGCAGUAGAGCUUGCAAAGAAUUUCCAUGAGACAUUAGAUAUUACUGGGCUCGUAUUUACAAAGCUCGACUCUGAUGCUCGAGGUGGAGCUUUACUUAGCGUAAAGACAGUAGCCGAUCUUCCAGUUCACUACGUAAGCUCAGGAGAAAACCUGCAUUCACUCGAAGUAUUUCAUCCCGAACGAAUAGCAUCAAGAAUACUGGGUAUGGGAGAUGUGCUCAGCCUUGUUGAAAAGGUGGAGAAGCAGGUUACGCAGGAGCAGGCAGAAAUACUUCAUAAAAAAAUUAUGAAAAAAACAUUUACAUUGCAAGAUUAUCUUGAGCAGAUGCAGCAGAUAACGAGCAUGGGCUCCAUAGAAGAUAUAGCUGCCAUGUUACCCGGUGUAAGCACCGCACAACUUAAGAACAUCGAUCAAACGCAAAUAAAACGAGAGGAAGCAAUUAUACUUUCCAUGACCAAAAAAGAACGCUUUAACCCAAAAAUUCUUGGAUUUUCACGUAGAAGCAGGGUAGCAAAGGGAAGCGGAACCACUGUGGCAAAAGUAAACAGCUUACUUAAAAAGUUUGAAAAAACAAGAAUAGAAAUGAAGAAAAACCUUAAAAAGACUACAAAAACACAAGGUUUGCAUCAAAAUAUAAAUGAAACACUGCAAACAUUUCAAUAG